AUGCAAAAUGAGACAUGGGAAAAACUCAACCUUAUUAAAGUAUUUUUUAUGAAAGAAUUAUGUGAGUUUAAGGACCUAUUAAAAGAAAAUUAUGCAUUUAUGGUGUUUGAAGGUGAAGUCACUAAUGAGAUCUCUGCUCCAGCUCAACGAGCAAUAAAUAUUAUUGCAUCACCUUAUGGAGUUCUUUCCCAAGAAAUAUUUUUAAAUUCCCAUGCUCCAGGAUUUUUGGCUUUAGUCUUAACUGAAAAAAUAGCUUUGAUUCAGACGAGAGUUAUUGAAGGGAUUGAAGGAGGGCUCGUUUUAAUGCCUGAAAAAGCUAUCUUGCUUCCAAGUAAGCUUCAAGGAUUCGGAAUAAGUGUAAUUGCGCCAAAAUUAUAA